CGGCUGCUCAUCAACGGCCCCGCGCCCCUGGGUUCGGUUGUGACGAGGAAGGCGCUAGCGGGUUAGAGACCCCGGCAAGGGGGGUUGUUAGGAGUCGGUCUCCGGCGGGGGCAGGGUUUCCCCGUGGUGACAGCGUCGCGGCCGCCGGAAGACCAUGUCAUUAGAUUUUGGCAGUGUGGCACUGCAGACACAAAAUGAAGAUGAAGAGUAUGACAAAGAAGAUUAUGAAAGGGAGAAAGAGUUGCAGCAGUUACUCACUGACCUUCCGCAUGAUAUGCUAGAUGAUGACUUGUCCUCCCCCGAGCUCCACUAUUCGGACUGCAGCGAGGAUGGCACAGACGAAGAGCUACAUCGCUCUGAGCAGUUGGAGAUGAACUGGCAUGAGCAUCAAGUGCUGCCUAAAUCUCAAAAUGUAAAUGACUAUAAUGAGAUUCGGGAUAUAUAUGUUGGAAAGAAACGUAGCAACGGCUGGGAAGACAAUCAAAGUAAAAAUGAUGACCAGCAUCCUGGCUACCAUCCCAAAGAAGGUGGAGAUGAAGGCGGGAGUGGUUAUAGUCCUCCAAGUAAUUAUGAACAGACGGAUUUAUAUCAUCUUCCGGAAAACUUUAGGCCAUUUAUCAAUGGUCAGAAGCAGGAAUUUAAUAGUCAACCAACCAAUGUAAUUAAAUUUUCAGAACCUCAAAGGAAUCAUUUCCAGCAAUUUGUUACAUCACAAGGUCCCAGUUGUCAAGCUUUGGAACCAUAUAAAGUGACGUACAAACCUUAUCAGUCUUCUGCCCGGAAUAAUGACUCACCAGCCCAGGAGAUAGCAGGAAGUGACACAUUUGAAGGCCUGCAACAACAAUUUUUAGAAGCUAAUGGAAAUUCUGCAGAAAAUAUGCAGAUUAUCCAACUUCAGGUUCUUAACAAAGCAAAAGAGAGACAACUAGACAAUUUAGUUGAAAAGUUAAGUGAAAGUGAGCAUCAAAUUAGAUAUCUGAAUCACCAGCUUCUAAUAAUCAAAGAUGAAAAGGAUGGUUUGACCCUCAGCCUUCGAGAAUCACAGAAACUCUUUCAGAAUGGAAAAGAAAGAGAAAUACAGCUUGAAGCACAAAUAAAAGCACUGGAGACUCAAAUACAAGCAUUAAAAGUGAACGAAGAACAGAUGAUUAAGAAGUCCAGGACAACUGAAAUGGCUCUUGAGAGCCUGAAACAGCAGCUGCUGGACCUCCAUCAUUCUGAAUCACUUCAGCGUUCUAGAGAGCAACAUGAGAGUGUUGUUAUGGGCCUCACGAAGAAGCAUGAAGAGCAAGUGUUGUCCUUACAAAGGAAAUUGGAUGCUACAGUUACUGCACUUAAGGAGCAGGAAGAUAUCUGUUGUCAUUUGAAAGAUCAAGUGAAAGAACUGGAAAGGAAUCAAGAAGCAACCAAAUUAGAAAAGACUGAGAUCAUUAACAGAUUGACGAGAAGUCUGGAGGAGAGUCAGAAGCAGUGUGCCAACAUUUUGCACUCAGGCUCAGUACAGGAGGUGGCUCAGCUACGGUUCCAGCUGCAGCAAGCACAAAAAGCACACGCUAUGAGUGAAAACAUGAACAAGGCUUUGCAAGAAGAAUUAACAGAACUGAAAGAUGAAAUUUCUCUCUAUGAAUCUGCCGCAAAAUUAGGAAUACUUCCAAGUGACUCAGAAGGAGAAUUAAAUAUAGAACUCACUGAAUCAUAUGUGGAUUUGGGUAUUAAGAAAGUCAACUGGAAAAAAUCCAAAGUGAAGAGCAUUGUACAGCAAGAAGAGCCAAAUGAUGAGCUUUCCAAAGAUGAGGUCAUUCUGAAGCUGAAAGCAGAAGUGCAGCGUUUGCUGGGUAGCAACUCGGUAAAGCGUCAUCUGGUGUCUCAGUUACAAAAUGAUCUCAGAGACUGUCGUAAGAAAAUUGAAACUCUUCAACAAGCGGAGAAAGAUGAAAAAAGCAUCAAGGUUGAGACUAAAAUAGAUACCUCGGAAAACCCAACUAAUCAAUUCUGGCCUGGCUCUUCUAAUUCUGAUAUGAUUGUCAAAGAUGACAUUCUGCGAUUUGAAAAUGAAAUUCAUGUUUUACAGCAACAAAAUCAGGAACUUAAAGAAACGGAAGAAAAACUGAGAAAUACAAACCAAGACUUAUGUAAUCAGAUGAGACAAAUGGUACAAGAUUUUGACCGUGACAAACAGGAAGCUGUGGAUAGAUGUGAGAGGACUUACCAGCAGCACCAUGAAGCCAUGAAAGCCCAAAUACGUGAAAGCCUGUUAGCAAAGCAUGCUUUGGAGAAGCAGCAGCUCUUUGAAGUUUACGAGGGGGCUCGCUUGCAACUUAGGUCUGAGUUAGAUAAGAUGAAUAAGGAGAUGGCUGCUGUGCAAGAAUGUUAUCUGGAAGUGUGCAGAGAGAAGGAUGAUCUGGAAUCAACUCUCAGGAAGACCAUUGAAAAGGAGCAACAGGCGCAGGAGCAGAAGAUCAAACAAGAACUUAUUCAACAGCUUGAAAAGGAGUGGCAGUCUAAGCUGGAUCAAACUAUAAAGGCAAUGAAAAAGAAGACCUCAGAUUGUUGCAGCCAAACUGACCAAGUAACCACUGCAGAUGUUAUUUCCAAGAAAGAGAUGACAGCCAUGAUAGAAGAACAGAAGCGAAGGAUCCGGCAAGAUUUAGAGCAAGAAAAAGAAACAGCUAUCAGUGGGGAGUUGAAGAAACUUGAGGUUGAAUUAGAACUCAAAUAUUGUGAAAAUAUUGCCAAACAGGUAGAAACAGCUGUACAAAAUGCUCGUCAUCGAUGGCUGGAAGAAAUGCCUGAUCUUGCAGAGUAUAAAGCACGUGUAAGAGCAGAACAGAAGAAGUGGGAAGAACAACAAGACAUCACUGUGGCCAGACGGAUAUCAUUUGCUAUUUCUGAAGCUAAAGAGAAAUGGAAAAGCGAGCUUGAAAAUAUGAAAAAAAGUGGAAUACCUGGAAAAGAAUUGGAAGAGAAGAUUCAUUCUCUUCAGAGAGAGCUUGAGUUAAAGAACGAGGAAGUCCCUGUGGUUGUCAGGGCUGAGCUGGCGAAGGCCCGGAGUGAAUGGAACAAAGAAAAGCAAGAAGAAAUCCACAGAAUUCAGGAACAAAAUGAGCAAGAUUACCGGCAAUUUUUAGAUGAUCAUCGAAAUAAAAUUAAUGAGGUGCUUGCAGCAGCCAAAGAAGACUUUGUGAAACAAAAAACUGAACUACUUCUUCAGAAGGAGACAGAAUUGCAAACAUGUCUAGACCAGAGUCGUAGAGAAUGGGCCAUGCAGGAAGCCAGGCGGAUCCAACUGGAAAUCUAUCAGUAUGAGGAAGACAUCCUCAGUGUACUUGAAUUUCUCUUGAAGGACACCCAAAAGGAACAUGUCAGUGGUUCAGAGGACAAGCAACUCUUGGAACUCAUGUCAACUUGUUCUUCAAAAUGGGUAUCUGCACAAUAUUUUGAAAAACUAAAGGCCUGCAUACAGAAAGCAUUUCAAGAUAUCCUCUCCCUAGCUAUAGAAAGUACCAACUCAGAGUGGGAAAAGAGAAAUAUGGCCAAGAUCUCUAAGGAUCCUGCCACAGAUGUCACUGGCAGAGGAGACCCUGGAGUCCUGGCAGUCCUUCCUGCACCUACUUUUGGACGCUGUGCUCAGCCCUUAGCCUUUCAAGAAACAGAAGCAGAAGCUGAUAAGAAAAAGAUCUUUGAAAUUAAGGAUUCAUGCUGUGGACACUGCUUCCAAGAACUUGAAAAGGCAAAGCAGGAAUGUCAAGAUCUGAAAAGAAAACUGGAGAAAUGCUGUAGGCAUCUUCAGCAUUUAGAAAGAAAGCACAAAGCUGUAGUGGAAAAAAUUGGAGAAGAGAAUAGUAAAGUUGUUGAAGAAUUAAUAGAAGAAAACAAUGACAUGAAGAAUAAAUUGGAAGAACUGAGAACACUUUGUAAAACACCACCAAGGUCAUUGUCAGAAGGGGCCAUAGAAAGUGCUUGCCUGCUAUGCAAUGGGAGGGCCUUGGAAGAACUUCGUGGACAGUACAUUAAAGCUGUAAAAAAAAUUAAGCGUGAUAUGCUUCGUUAUAUUCAAGAGAGUAAGGAAAGAGCUGCAGAAAUGGUAAAAGCAGAGGUGUUGCGAGAACGUCAAGAAACCGCCCGAAAGAUGCGCAAAUAUUACUUGACUUGCCUCCAACAGAUUUUACAGGAUGAUGGAAAACAGGAAGGGGCUGAGAAAAAGAUUAUGAAUGCUGCUAGCAAACUUGCUACAAUGGCAAAAUUGCUGGAAACACCAAUUUCUAAUAAAUCCCAGAGCAAAACUCCACAGUCAGAGAUGCUGACUGGAGUUGAAAAAUCAAAAAGAAAUGAUGUGAAUCAGAAUACACCACGUCAUACAGAAAGCAAAUCAAACAGUAUACAAACUGUUCCUAGAAGUAUGUGUGACCAAGUUCCGAAGAGAAGGGCUGCUUGUAACUUACGAAGACGGUUAGAGGACACAGAGCAUGGGUACAUAAAGCACAUGGGUUCCAAAGGGUCACACUCAGACUUCCAGUUUGGAGAUAACAAUUACAGACAGCCAGACAUGUUGCCAAAAAAUUUUUCUCCUGAGUUUGUUCCUUGUGAAGGUGAAAAAGGCUUUGGUUUGCACAAGGAGAAAGACCUCCGUGAUACUGGCUCUGAAUCACUUCAGCAUUCAACUGGAUACUCCUUUCUUGGAUCCUUUGGAAAUAAACCCUCCCCUAGAUAUACCCCUAAUCUUUCUGAAUCUGGAUCCACACAUACAACCUUUCAAGGUCCUAAUGAAAGACUUGGUUUAAAAGUAUAUAAGUGUAAUCCACUAAUGGAAAGUGAAAAUGCUGCAUCUGAGAAAAGUCAAAGUUUGAGUGUUCGGGAAACUCCAGUAAAGGAUGGAGGGGACCUUGAUGACUCCAUAGGCUGGCAUUCCAGCAGUGCCACUUUACCUUGCAACAGUCACGAAGUGUCAUUCUUACACGGUAGACCACAAGAAACUCUGGAUAUACCUGCUGAAGCUGUUAAUUUCAAACAGUUUUCUGCAGCCAGUUGUCUUUCAGAUACAGAGAAAAAUAAUGUGAUUUGUCAACCAAUGAAAUGUCAGAGUGGUCACACUUCAGACCUGUCAGAAGAAACCCUUUGUUCCCAGCCAGAGAUCAGUGUGACUCUUAGACACCUACAUCACCAUAAGGCUGAUAAAUUAAAGUCAGAUUUCAAAAAACUGAGCAGUGCAGUACCAUCAUCUGUAUGUCAGCAGCCUUCGAGAAAAUUAAUUGCUCCUCUAUCUAGCCAACAAGACAGUGGCUUUGAUAGCCCAUUUGUCAAUCUAGACUAAUUGUUGUACAGUAUUUAAGAAGAAUCAUUAAUAUAUUGACAAGAAAACUGGAAGGGAAGACUUCAUACUGAAAAAAUGGUGGGCUCUGUCUAUUUUGAGAUGCUUAAUAACAUCUAUCAUAUGAGUAAAGUGUUCUCAUAAAAUUAUAUGAGAUAUUAAUGUUGCCUUAAUCUUCCAAAGGCCUGAUGGUGUAUAUGUAAUCUGCUUCUGUGUGGUGCUUUAUAUCUGGUUGCUAAACCAUCUAUUUUUAUACUUCUAAAUUAGCUUUCUGUGCAAUGUUAAAUUAUUUAAAUAAACUUGCAUAUGGUCUAUUGAAUAGUUAUGAAUUCUUUUGUAAUUCAUAAUAUAGAAAUGUUAUAUUGAUAUGUUUGAAAUUCAUCCAGAAUAAAAUAUAAAUCUUGA